UAUUUUCAAUCUCCGAUCUUUUCACCACCUCGCCCAUCUUCCCUAUAGGUCAACAUGUCUGGCAUCAACCCUGGAGACGAGAAACUUGUAUUUGAGUCCUCCGAGGCAGUCUCGGUUGUGUCGACUUUUGACGACCUCAACUUGAAAGAGGACCUUCUCCGCGGCAUAUAUGCGUACAACUUCGAGAAACCGUCUGCUAUACAGCAGCGAGCUAUUCUCCCAAUAACACAGGGUCGCGAUGUCAUUGCACAAGCGCAGUCUGGAACCGGUAAAACUGCCACCUUCUCGAUAUCCAUUUUGCAGUCUAUCGACGUCUCUGUUCGCGAAACACAGGCUCUGGUGCUAUCGCCUACGCGCGAACUGGCGACCCAGAUUCAGUCAGUGGUUCUCGCUCUCGGUGACUAUAUGAAUGUCCAGUGCCAUGCUUGCAUUGGAGGCACAUCCAUUGGCGAGGACAUUCGAAAGUUGGAAUACGGUCAACACGUGGUGUCAGGAACUCCUGGUCGUGUUUUUGACAUGAUUCGACGCCGUGCUUUGCGGACGCGCAACAUUAAAAUGCUGGUUCUUGAUGAAGCAGACGAACUGCUCAACAAGGGAUUCAAGGACCAAAUAUAUGACGUGUACCGUUACCUCCCCCCAGCUACUCAGGUUGUCCUACUGAGUGCGACGCUACCUUACGACGUGUUGGAGAUGACGACAAAAUUUAUGACCGAUCCCAUUCGUAUCCUCGUCAAGCGUGAUGAGUUGACGCUAGAAGGGAUCAAACAAUUUUUUGUUGCUGUAGAAAAAGAGGACUGGAAGUUCGACACACUGUGUGAUCUAUACGACACACUUACCAUCACACAAGCUGUCAUCUUUUGCAACACCCGGCGCAAGGUUGAUUGGCUGACUGAAAAGAUGCGAGCGGCAAACUUCACUGUGUCAUCGAUGCACGGUGAAAUGGUUCAGAAGGAAAGAGAUGCUAUAAUGGCGGAAUUCCGUGGUGGCACAUCUCGCGUGCUCAUCACGACAGAUGUUUGGGCCCGAGGGAUUGACGUCCAACAAGUCUCCCUUGUCAUCAACUAUGAUCUCCCGGCCAAUCGUGAGAAUUACAUACAUCGCAUUGGGCGCUCUGGUCGUUUCGGCCGGAAAGGUGUUGCCAUCAAUUUCGUGACUGUCGAUGAUGUGCGUAUCCUGCGUGACAUCGAACAAUUUUACAGCACACAAAUUGUACGUUGGCUCCUCAGUCGUUACUUCAUGCUGUCUUCAUUGCUAAUGAUUCAAUCCACAAGGACGAAAUGCCGGUCAAUGCUGCAGAGCUUAUCUAGGAGUGAUACGGCAGACCGCAGUCAAGUUAUUGCUUGCAUUGAGCACGGAUGAUAUUCAAUGGUCUGCAUAUUUGUACUUUAUGAGGUUUUAUUUUUUUGCAUUCCCUAGUUGUGGUUGUAUCCCUUCUCCUUGACUGACUGGCAUCUGCAAAUUUGUAUGGUCGUCACUAAAAGGCCGUGUUGUCUUUGAUUCUGGGUACAAAUUCAUGUGAAUAAUGAUAAUUGUAUGCAUGGUAUUCCCAUCA